AUGGCAAAUGUUCAAAAUUUCAACUUCCCUCCAUUCCCACCUCAUAACUAUCCAUUUCCUCCACCAAGUGUGUCACCACCCCACCAACCUAAUACACCUCCUUUCCCUCCGAAAGUGGCCCCUCCAAGUCCACCGGUUACACCAUCACCACCAAAAGUGGCACCUCCACGUCCACCGGUUACACCAUCACCACCAAAAGUGGCCCCUCCACGUCCACCGGUUACACCAUCACCACCAAAAGUAGCCCCGCCACGUCCACCAGUCACACCACCAUCACCACCAAAAGUGGCACCACCACGUCCACCGGUUAAACCAUCACCACCAAAAGUGGCACCACCACGUCCACCAGUUAUACCAUCACCACCACCACGUCCACCGGUUACACCCCCUGCACCUCCACGUCCACGUCCAAGUCCACCUGUUACACCAUCACCACCCCGUCCCUUUUAUCCUCCACCACCCCCACACGUUGUUCCAACUCCACCCCCAUCUCCACCAGGACAUCAUUCACAUACCAUCAUCAUUAUAUUCGUCUCGCUUGGUGGUCUGUUCUUUCUAGCAUUUCUCUCAGUUGCUCUGUGCUGCUUCCUUAAGAAGAAAAAGAAGAAAGCCUCUCAGGAAAUAGAUAUCAUGAAAGUUGAUGAACACAUGAAGGUCCAUGAAGAUGUCGUAACCCGUCCAGAUGGAACAAAAGCUGUCAUUCUAACAAUUGAUGAAGAUAUACAUAUAGAUGAAGAAAUCGUGAAAAGGGAGAAAAUCGAGAAGGGUGCACUAGGACAAUUGGGAGGUGAACAUCUUGAUGCUACAAACACAACAGCAUCAACUUCUAGUUCCAAUAAUCACAAUCAUGACCGUAAAAGCUGA